UUUUACGGGCAACAAAUUCACAGGCGACCAAAUAAAAUUACGUAAAAUCAUUUUAAGGUUAUUGCGAAGUCUUUCAAAUCGUGCACUCCCCCCGUUCGUGCACGUCGUAUGUGUAUUGAAUGAAUGUCGGCUAUGGAAACGGCAAUGACGCGUCAUAGCUAAGUAAAACAAAAUAACAACAAAAUCAACCAAGGAGCCUUAAAAGACGCGAGCGACAUCUCAUACUUGGUUCAAGCCGCAGUAGAAGAAGACGAGCAAGGAUAUAAGCAAAAUAAGGAUUAAAAAUGUCUGCAAAUAACGAAAAGAUUUCUAGCGAUACUUUAGUGCCAGUUGCUGCAAGCUUAGCUGCCGUGGCUGCCAAAGAAAUCGAGACGCUGAAACAAACACUACAGGAGAAGGAAAGUCAUAUAUUAGUCAUGGAACAGGUGUGUCUCAGCGAGUCCGAACACCAGGCGGAACUGGAGGAUAGUAUUAUCGCUUGGCAGGAUAAAUAUGAUCGUCUCUAUGAAUCCCAUAAGCGGGUACAGAAAGUCAAUCAAGGACUUGAGGAUAAACUGUUAAAAUUGGUCGAUCGUAAUUCAGGCGAAAGGGCCCAGUUGACCAGUGACGUGGCAACGUUGAGUGUACGUUUAGCCCAGGCAAAUUUCAAUAUAUCGAAGCUGCAAAAAGAGAUAGAACGUUACAAAACAGACAUCAACUUGGCCAUACAAUUGUUGCAAUGCAAACCGGACAGUUUUGUGCCGCAAAAAGUCUCAUCGCUUCCUAUAGACAUUCAAUCAAAAGUAUCCUCGUACAUGCGCCUGGAUACAAAUUCCCAUUCCGAUUCGGAGGGGAGUAUAACCGGUGUGGGUGUAUCAACAACAACUGCCUACAAAGUGCUUCCGGCAACCGAUUCGCCACCACGUGAUCAUUGUCCUUUCCCGCCAACUGCCAUGGUAUACUCAAUGCGGGGUCUCGGUAAGUAUGCAAAUUUAAAUUCGGAGUCAUCGCUUAAUCUGGCCAAAAAUAAUGCCAACAACAACAACAACAACAACAAUAGCAUAACAAGCGAUGCAAUUAAUAAUAACAGUGACAUCACGGCCAGUGCCAGUGCAGCGCGUAAUUCGACAAAUUCAUUGAAUGCUAGCCAAAUCAAUGGAGUCACCAUCAAUGACAACGAUAUGAUUUCGCCCGUGGUCAUGGCAAAGUUCCUGCAGGAAGAGCUCAAAGCUGGCGAGGUCAAGCAUUGCGAUACAUGCCAGUGCUCGAAGGAUCUAACGGUUUUGGCCGAUGUAUCGCAUUCCUACUCGGUGGCCACCCAAACGCCUUUUAUGUCGACGACCAACAAUGCCAGCAGCAAUAACCUAAAUGACAGCGGGGCACAAUUGUGUCUGCGUUGCUACAGCAACCUCAAUUCGCCAUCACGCACCAACAGCCCAUACACCAAGAAUCUACUCAAGUCCAGUGACUCGGUGAUAUCGGAAACCAAGAGCUCCGUCUCGGAUCUGAACGAAAUGGAGAAACUGUUUACACCUAUCAAAAAGGACGAUCUCAUGGUCAAUCCCAUCUUGGGUCAUCAUCGACUAUGCGAGAGGUCGUAUACGCAAAAGAACGGCGGCAUAGCGCCCACGGCGCCAAUAAAGCUCUCCUAUAGCACACUGCUGGAAAACAUGAAAUCCGGCAGCAACUAUCAGCGACGUUUCGUGGACGGCGGGGGUACAGCUCUAAAUUUGCUGGAGGAAAAGGCAAAGUUGUCGAUUUUACAAAAAUCCAAACAAGUUGCUGAAGACAUCAACGGCAACAAUGAUCUACUCGACGAAGAGAAGCCAUUGUUGGAUCCAAGUCUAGGUGAAAAUAUUCCAGUGGAUUCAGCGGAGGACUCUUUGCACGUCAAGGCAAAGUUAAGAACUGAAAGUUCGUGCGAAUUACGACGAGCGAUUACCAGGGAGCCGAUCAAGUCGCCUACCGCCAGCACUAAGAGCGCUUUGGAGCCAUCAAAAGCCUCCAUCGAUGGUCUGGUCAAAACGGCGAUGACGGGCAGUGUGACGAGUGUAUGGAGCAAGACAAGCAGUUGCGAAGGUGCCCGGAUGUUUGAGAACUUCAAUAGAAAUCUCAUCAAAACCAUAAAGGCUGAAAAUCCCAAAAAUCGUGGACCGCGUCUAUGUGCAAUGCGUAUCCAACAAAAUGGCCAAAGCAAUAUCCUAUUGGACAAUAUCGAGUCAAUUGAAGCCAUCACGCCCAUCAUAUACCGGCGACGGGAACGUCUAUUGGAUGAAGAGCUCGACGAUGGCAAGGAUAUCAUAACAUCAAAGACAACUUUAAGCAAUGUCCCACAACAGCAGCAAGAAACAGCAAUAGAGACGGCCAAGGAGGCCGUCGAAAUAGAAGAUCCCCAGACCGGACUAACAAACUCGAAUGGCGACAAUAAUUGCAGUAACCAAGGUGGGGAAAUGGCUGCCACUGUCUCUGGGGAUGGCAAGCGACUACAAGCACCAGAUGAGCUUUUGCUAUUUGCUACAGAAGAAAAGACUGAUAAUUUGUUAGGAGACAAGAAAAUUGAAACGAACACGGGCGUGACUUUGCCUCCCGUGACUUGUGAUAAUAGUUGUAAAAAUUCCGCUGGCACCCAAUCGAGCUCACUUAACGACAAUAUAGACUUUCAGGAGACGGUGAUACUGCGGCGGCAACAACUGAGUCGAGUAGCCGAGUGGGUUCAGAAUAACACGCAGCAAAUGGAGCGGGAGCAGCAGCAGCACCACCACCAGCACAUAGAAAAGCUUAACCACUGUGCAUCAUCAGCCACCGACCAUCAAUCGUCCUCGUUCUCCACUCUGGACCAACUGGAUUCGGUGUCAGUGGAGAAGAUGUCCUUGGACUCGGGCUAUAAGACAACGCCUCAGUUCCAGCCAGUCGCCAAUUCAAGUCAGGACGAUACCAUCAAAACAUCCGAUGAGUCCCUCUCGCCCAAGUCUGAACUAAACAAUGAGAUUCCAAUACAAUUCUCACUGCAAGCCAGUAAUACUGCCUCGAUAAGACCCGAUUCACCGGAGGGUGGCGCAGAUUCGUCUGCCAAUGCCCAUUCCUACAGUACACCAAAAACCUAUUAUAGGCGAACCUCACGCUCCGGUCUACCAGUGGCCUACACCACACCCGAUCCCCAGGAUUCCAGUUCGCAGUGCUCUCAGAUAAUACCAGAACAGCCGACAUGUGAUAUAGUCAACUACAAAUAUUAUCCAAGUGAUAGUGAUAAGACGAGAACGUUGCAGCCGGAGCUGCAUGCUGCCAAUCAGCAUGUGGACAUUGCUCAAAUGGAAUAUAACGUCAAGCAAUUUCUACUGAAACAGAACGAAUGGUCCAUGAGAACUACCGCAAGCAAUCAGGUCCCAACCACAGCACCACCACCACAACCCACAUCUGCUUCUGCAUCCUUCAAUAGACACGCCACCAUAAGGCCCAUUACUCUGUUUUCAUCAACAUCGGGCAUUGGCUUCGGUCCCGGAAAGGGAGAACGCGUUCUAUGUUUGCCCAGCACAACCACUACAGCAGGAAAUACUUCCAAGAACAUUUCCACUUCCUCGAGCAUUGUUUCUGGAAUGCGCCAAAGAACUGAAACGAAUUUAUAAAUACUUUAAGAUAUCGACACGACACUGGUCGCCGUGUUGUCAUGCAUGCAUUACACCCCUAUCACAACUGCACUACAUUUAAGCUCUAUUCAGCACUCUCCUCUCUUCUCUUCUUUCCAUUCCUAGUAACUGCGAUACCGUUUUUUACAUACAUGUGUGUAUUUCAAUGUAUAUGUGUAUAAUAUAGGAAUCAUUAUAAAUAAUAUUGGUGUCACUGCAAUAGAGAACAUGAACAUGUUCUUCCAUAAUUUUGAGUAGAUCUUCUUAAGACAGCUUUGAUAACAAAAAAAACCUUUGCAAAACUCACUAAUCUUUAGACAACUUAAGCUGCCAUUAGACGAUCAGACAUGUCAUAUGUAAUUUCAAAAAUAGCAACUCUGAAAGUUGUACACAUCGUGUGA